AUGAAUGGUGGGUUCGCUUAAAUUCGGUUCUUUUUUAUUUUUUUAAAAUUAAUAAAUUAAAUAAAAUACAAAAAAAUAACGCACUAAUUAACAAAUAACAUCAAAAUAAAUAGAAAAGUAAUAGUGUACGUAUAAUAUAAAUGUGUAAUUAAGAGUAAAACUAUUGUAUGGAAAAAUAUGAAUCGGUAUUAUUUUUUAUUUAAAUAUUUGGUUUUUACGUAAAACUAAAAACAAACUGUGCGGUUUUAUUUUUCUUAAAUAAAUUUGUGUGUUUUUUUUAAUUAUUUAUAUAUUCUUGUGCAUUAGAAAAUAAUAACAACAAUAAACAAAAUAAUAAAAUUUAAAAUAUAAUUGUCGUAAAUUGUUCGUAUUCAAGGUUACAUAAAAAUAAAUAAUACAAUUCAAAUUUAAAAUAAUCAAACAUACUAAUAUAUUUGCAAUAAAAAAUUAGGGAAAAUCAAUCAAUUUAAAUAUUAUUGUUGUACAUUGCACAAUUAUAUUGUGAUUCUUAUAUCGAAGAAAGAAAGUGAACGAGUGAGUGAGAAGAAGAGUGAAAGAGUUUGUCAGCGUGCAAUUAAGUGUUUAACACGUGUAUUUUUACAAGAUUAGUUGUGAGCGAGGCGAACAAUAUUUUGUUGACUUAUAUAACCAACAGACCUUUUAAAGAUGACAGAAAACGAGCCUCUUAACGAAAAGUCCUCCCAUACGAAUGGACAAAUUGUAAACAGCGAUCAGCAUAACAGAUUAACCAAUGGCAAUUGUCAACCAAUAAUAAAUGGUCAAUAUUCAAAGGAAACCACAAACGGUGUCAGUUCAGUACAACACAAAACAUGCAACAAUAAAAAGUGUAAGAAUAACAGUAAUUCACCAACCGAAGUACAUAUCGAGGCUCCAUGUUGUCGAGAUAUACACGGCAAGGAGCCUCCAGAUGGUGGUAUGCGAGCAUGGUUGGUUAUGGUGAGUGCAUUUCUCUGUAAUGGUGUGAUAUUCGGUAUUAUAAACACAUAUGGAGUCAUACAUUCGUUGCUGACAGAUCGUCUAGAAGAACAGGGUGAUAAAGAUGCGUCUAGUAAAGCUGCUCUAGUUGGUUCUCUAACAAUUGGUACAACAUUCCUUUUGUCACCAGUAGCCGGCUGCUUAACGGACAAGAUUGGUCUGCGUCUGACAACACUAAUCGGUGGUUUGUUAUCCUCUGGUGGACUAUUGCUUUCUUCAUUUUCUACUGAAAAUAUUGGUGCUCUAUACAUCACAUACGGUCUUAUGUUUGGUUUUGGAGCUGCUCUAGCUUAUACUCCAACACUAGCCAUUUUAGGACAUUAUUUUAAGCGUUACUUAGGCAAAGUAAGUGGAUUUGUUACUGCGGGAUCCAGUGUAUUCACCGUCAUAUUGCCACCUGGACUAGACUACUUAAUAAAGGGCUAUGGUCUUGAAGUAACCUUGAGAAUAAUGAGCCUUAUUUCUGCUUUUAUAAUCAUCUGUUCAUUUGUCUACAAACCACUGCAUCCACCACCAGAACCGCCAAAGAAUAAACCAGGACGUUCUAAGGCAAAUAUGCUGUUAAGAUCCAUCAUUAAUGUUGAUAUCUGGAAGAAAAAGAAGUACGUCAUAUGGGCUUUGUGUGUGCCACUAGCCCUCUUUGGUUAUUUUGUACCCUAUGUACAUAUGAUGAAGUUUGUACAGACUGUUUUUCCGGGAAAAAGUGAAAAUCUACCGGUGAUGUGUAUUGGAAUUACUUCCGGACUUGGACGACUGAUAUUUGGAGCUAUAGCAGAUCUUCCUGGUGUAAAUCGAAUUUAUCUACAACAGUUAUCUUUAGUGUGUAUUGGUGUGGUGACUCUGUUACUGCCGCUUACCAGUUCUUACAUUCUUUUAAUCGUCUUUAGUUUAAUAAUGGGCCUAUUUGACGGCUGUUUCAUAUCACUGCUGGGACCCAUUGCCUACGAAAUAUGUGGUCCAUCUGGUGCCACACAAGCUAUUGGCUUCCUAUUAGGCUUAAGUUCUAUACCCCUCACAGUGGGUCCUCCAAUAGCCGGAAGAAUUUACGAUGAAUUGGGAUCGUAUACACUGCCGCUUAUAUUGGCUGGCAUACCACCAAUUGUGGGCUCUGCCGUCUUAUUCUUAAUGCGUUUUGUUAAAGAUGAAUCUCCCCUGAAAGUAAACAACGGGACUGUUGCGAUAAACAAAUCUGGAAAUGGGACAACUGGCAGCGAAGAAGAUGAAGAUGUGGAAAAAAAUAUUGAAUCCAAACAAAUAGUGCCUUUAAUGAACGGACAUUCCAAAGUCACUGUCAACGGCAAUGGAUCUGUAGAACAUCGACAAACCAAUAGCCACGAAUCAACGACUACAAAUGGAAAAGCUCGUUUGGCUGAUUCAGAAUCUCUAACAGAUGCAUUGCCAACCUAUAAUGAAUGUGUUCAUUAAUAAAAAAAUUUAAUAAAAUUUAAUUUUUGAUAUAACGAUUUUAAAUUUCUUGGACUUAUUGUAGUACGUUGUUACCAUCUACUUCACUUAAUUGUAUUUAGUUGAAUAAUUAUUAAUUUUAAUUUUCGUUUUUUUUUAAUUUAAAUAAUUUUACUCAUAAGUUUAUCAACAGAUAAAUACACAUAUACAAACAAUUCGACACUGAGAAAAAAUACAAAUAAUAAGAAAUGAUUGAUUUAUUUGUUAUUGAUUAACAAACUAUUUUAAAGACAGUUUUAACUAAAUAGUAAUUACUAGUAAGAAUUUUUAAAUAAAGAAUGUUUUUAGAAAAAA